AUGACAAACCCGACUCCUGCCCAGGAAGAAUUCGCCGACUUCCUCGCUAAGAACACCUCAGACGACGACAGCAAAGUCCACCCGGAAGACCGAGACUCUACAACGAGACGAGCCAGCCGCUCCAGCGAGGACGAAGAAGAUCGCUACCACGCAAAGCAGAUCGACGCCGCGAUGCGGAUACCCACGUUAGACAGAGGCGCCAUGGGGGGAGAGAUCAAGCUACCACCGGCGUCCUUCGACGCCGGUCGAACCACAGGUGUGAAGGGUGUUAUUGCCGACGCCCGCUCCUACGAGAACGCCCGGCGGAGCAAGUGGAAGGAUAGGGUACGCGCCGCGCGCCGCACCGUCUUCGGAGCAGAUGGGAUGCAUUCAAACAACCACAACGAACGGGGCAGCGGGGUAGAUAGCGAAGGGAGUGCCGCCGAGGACCAGGACGAAGAGCGCUUCCUGGAGCAGUGGAGAGAAAGCCGGCGGCGGGAACUCGAGGCCGAGACCCGCAAUGGGUCGAUUCGAAACCGGAGAACCAGCCCCAGCAUGAGGGUGUAUGGCCGCCUGGAUGAAGUUGAUGCCCUGGGAUAUCUGGACGCGAUCGAGAAGGUUGGAAGGGAGACGGUCGUCGUGGUCUUUGUCUAUGACAACGAGUGCCCAGUCUCUACUGCAGUCGAGUCGGCCCUCGUGCCUCUAGUUGGAACCUAUCCUACUGUACACUUUGUCAAGGUACACUACGAAGAAAUCGAGUUCGACAACGCUGGGGUCCCCGCAGUCUUGGCCUACCGAAACCAAGGCGACCUUUUCGCCAACCUGACAGGAGUGAUGGAGAUGAUCCCUGAUAGUGGGGACUUCGACAGUGAUGCACUCAAGCGGCUCUUCCUGAAGCACCACAUCCUCUAA